GUUUACCAUCUUUUCGUCGUUGUGAUUUUUCUCGGUUUCGGGUACAAUACGAGCGAACUCGGUGCUGUACCUGGACUCAGGGAUCUAUGACCAUCAUCUCUUCGGCACUCGCCUUUAGUUCGAUUUGUCGCAAAGCUGGAAUUGUCGCUCUGCACCCCAGUCCUCCGCCCCCUGCGCUCCAUGACAAUCCAUCUCAUUGUGGUCGAUUGUGUUUUACAAAGUCCUGGACAAUUGUUGUCCUUAAUUUCUUCCACGUGCUGUACUUGACGAUCCCAUGGCAAUCAGGGUCCAUUUCCCAGCACCGGUGAGCUGGUAAACCCGGUCCCGGCACUUGUCACGUAAGGGGCGUGAAAUUUGAUGCAGGGCUGUUUAGUGAGGCUGCUGUUCCUCCUGACAUGCCCACCAGCCGGAAGAGUACAGAUAGUGAACCCUGCCCCGACCUGUCAAGUUGAUUUCCUGGUGGGCAUCACAAAACAAAACGUGCCCUGCCAAGAAUGCCCGGUAGCCCCGAGUCUGAGACCAGUAAAGUUGCUAUUGUCCAUUGAGGCUCUCGAGUGCUACAAACAAGGCAAAGUACCACAGCGAUCAAGAAGGUAUAUAGUAUUAUCAGCACAAGAGAUCUUUUCUGACUGCUAGAUAUCUACUCGUUAGGCGUCAUCAAGGCACUAUUUAUUCUUUUUUUCGUUCCUACUUGAUCACUCCAUGAUCUUGGUUUGCUGUACUUUGGCACGAUGUCUACCCCGUGUACCAGAGCAGCACCUGGAGUCGUUGAGUGUACGAGGACGAGUAGCCUCUGUGUCCCGUUGCCUCGUCCACUACAUGAAAGAAAGAACCAGGGUUCUCUGCCAACCAGCGAAUGACGACUUACUGUAUUCUGUACAUCAUUGGGCAAACAAGUGCCAGUCAGCUGCUCUCAUCCUUCGUCUCUCCUGUGACGUGGCAGUGAACAAGCGGUAGACGAUGUGAUCCCCUUCCUGCACUGGUUCUUUGCCUGGUUACGGAGUAGACCAGUUGGUAUCCAUAUUCCGAACGACAUAGCCACACACUUCUGGCCUGGACGACACCCUGGCGCUGGUACUUUCUGGUGAUACUCCGUAUCGCUUCUUGCCAUCGGUCACCGCUGCAGCCUCUGUCUGGAUUCUGAACUCGGAGGACCUUUGGGCUUACACUUUGAUCACUGUCACUGUCAUUUUCACUCUGUUCGCUUACAAGUCCACACCUUUUCUAUGACACGGCGACUUAUCUGCACUUCGCCACGAGCCUUGCCCUUGUCCCUAGCCUAACCCUUGCCUCUCGGGCGCUUUGCUGCCUGAAGACCAGCCCUAGUUCUCCUCCUUGCAGAGGCGCCGGCCAUUACGUAGCCAGUCCAGUGGGCAAAGUCGCGCCCCAGUUGCCUUGUUUUGGGUGCCCCUCAUGAUUCAAUUCUCACCACUUUUACCAGCCACCACGAAUUCCCUUCAGUCAAAGGGACAAAUACACACAUCAAUUUGGCCUCAUCAUUCUGCGCCCACUUUCGCUGCCUUACCAUCACAAUUUUGCCAAGCUUGUCCAAGAGUUCAUUGCCUACUCCAUACUGCGUACUACUGUAUUGUCUUCAUUAACGCUCCCUCUCGCAAUUCACGCCUGAAUCAAUCCUUCUGUUAUCAACAGUUGAAUUGGUCUGACCGCGGUUGAAGCAUCGCAACGACCCGUCCCUCUGCCGUGGUUCCGGUUUUCCGCUGGGCCACAAACACCUUAUAAGUUUGCUUGGACCAUCCCUCCUCAACCCCGCAAUCUAUAUCGACCAUGUCAUAUUACGGCGGCGACGACAGACCGAGGCGAGCGAAGAGCACCCGAGAGCGAUCCAGGAGAGACGAUUAUGAUGGCGGCACCUCUUACGACGAAAACGUGAGAGAUACCCGUAUCGUCAGACGCCGAGACGACAGUGUUUCGUCCGUCGAAGAAGUCUCUCGAGGAGACUUCGAACCCGGCGGCGCCUAUUAUCGCGAGACCACUGUGCGCAAGAGUGGCCACCGUCCAGUGCGCACCAAAUCAGACGACGACCGCUGGUACGACGAUCGCUAUUAUGAUGAUUCCACUUAUGUCUCACGUCGCAAACGGGAUGAUGAAUACACUGUCUCUGGUGGCCGCAGUCGCCGGGGCCGAGAUUAUGAUGACAGACAUCGCUCUCGACGUCGUGAUGACUCCUACGACUCCUACUCUUCGCGCAGUCGUACUCCAGAGAAGAAGAAAGAGCGCAGAAAGUCUACAACCGAAGAGGUGCUAGGCUCUCUCGGCCUUGGUGGUCUUGCAGGAGCGGUCCUUGGCAAGAGUCGUGACCGAUCGCGAGAUAGCGAUCGCAGUCGCCAUCGAAGUCGAAGCAGAGCAGGAGGACGUCGACGUUCAUCAUCAGAGACAUCCAGACAUCGAAGUAAGAGUCGCGGCAAAGGCACCAAGAAUGAACAAUAUUCUCAGGCCAUCAAAGCUGCUGUCCUCGCCGGUGCCAGUGAGGCCUUCCGUUCUCGCAAAGAACCAGGAGGCUGGGGUGGCAACAAGGGCAAACGAGUCUUGACUGCCGCACUCGCUGCUGGAGGUGUCGACGGCUUGAUCUCCAAUAAAGACGACCCUCAUCACCACAACAAGCGCGACAUCGUGGGAUCCGCCAUCGCUGGUCUUGCCACCAACCGCAUCAUCAACGGUUCCCGUUCAAAGUCUCGUGGCAGAGGCGGCAGUCCUGACUCUCGUGGACGAAGCCAAUCCCGCGGCGGAUUUGGAGAUCUAGCCGCCGGGGGCGUCGUUGCGGCCACCGCGAAAAAGGUCUAUGAUUCCGUGCGAUCUCGUUCCCGGGGUCGGGCUCGCUCUCGAGACUCGUCUUACGACAGCCGCUACGACAGUCCUCCGCGCCAGAAGAGGAGUCGCAGCGUCUCUCGGGUGGCCGCCAAAGGACUUGCAGCCCUCGGUCUGAAGGACGCCGCCGAUAAAGUCGACCCUGAACGACGCUCUUCCUCGCGACAUUACGAUGACUACUAUGAUGAUGGACGGUCGAGUCGAAAUGGAGGAUAUUAUAAUGAUUCCAGAGAUGUAGGUACCAUUCAACCCCAACAAGAUUACCCACGUGACGGUUUCCGUUCCAUGAGUCUGCCCCGAGGGCAUCCUCCUGGUUAUGAGCUGGAUUACGGACCGCGUCACACCGGUGAUCCAGACACAGACUCCGAUUCUGACCUCGGCUCCAGUUCCGACGAUGAGAAAAAGGUGAAAAAGGGCAAGAAGAAGAUGUUGCUCACAGGAGGCCUGGCCACCGUGGCGACCAUCCAUGCGGCCCACAACGUCUACCAGAGUAUGGAGAAGAGAGAGGCGCGGCGGAGGGCGUUGAGAGAAGGAGACAUCAGCAAGGCAGAGGCGAGGAGCGAGAAGAACAAGGCAAGACUUCAAGACGCCGCCAGCAUCGGCAUCGCGGCGUUGGGUCUGAAGGGCGCAUACAGCGAGUGGAAGGAGACGCAAGAGUUCAAUCGUGAGAGGAGAGAGGAAAAGGAGAAGCUGGAACGGCACGCCAGGAAACGAGAGGCAAGGAGACGGAAGAUGAGUAUGCUCGCGACCAACGAUUAUGUCAACAGCAACUUCACGGGGAGCAUGCCGAAUCUCAACACGUACGGUCAGGAGGUGUACCAUCCGCACGGUGCCCCUCCCCCUUUCGCAUCAGCAUCCGAAGUCCACUAUGCAGAUGACAAUCCGUACGGAGCCAUAUCGCAGACGGCAGCACAUUAUGCGCCUCCUUCGGCGCCGCAGCCGACGCCACCGCCUCCUCCGCCGGGUGGUCCUGCGCCUUCAACAGGCUUCCCUCCUCCGCCAAUAGGUGUACCUCCUCCAGCAGCAGGUGGGCACUAUCCAACAUAUUGACGGAGCGACAUGACUUUUUACGACAUUCGCAACUCUGUCUUGACGACAUGAAACUCUUUUUUUUCUCGGCGAAACGGGCUUACGAUUUCCUUCUGCCAUGAACACAAGAUACUGCCAUCCGAGCAAGAAAGCGAGACGCUGUUGAUGACACCUUGCAUACAAAGCAUUUCCGGUGCAUAUUGCAAAGACCUUUUCUUUUCGUUAUGUUUUAUGUUUGCGAGUUUCCAGCCAAAAGGAUGAUUAUUGGCUACGAUGUCAUGACUAGAUAGCUUUCUCAUUUCAGACGCCCGGGUAGUGGCCCUCAUGGCAGAGCCUUUCAAAUGGCUUGAUGAUUUUAUGACCAAGAUAAACAACUCCGUCCACAAUUCUUCCUUUCCUUUUCUCUCGAAG